GACCGUCGCGGGCUCAAGGUCAACCUCUUGUUAAUCACCUAAAGGCUGACAUGAGACCGGUUUUUCACUCCAAGUCCUAUGGCUCCCUCACAGAUUGAUGACCGCGCCCUUCGGUCUGCCAACUACCGCUUGAAGAACACACCGACAGCUAGCCUCCCCAAGAUCGUCGGACCUAUUACCUCCCAACUGGUGUCCUCCAAUUUCAAUCCUUCAGAAAACAACCCCGAAACCAUUUGGCUGAAAUCACGCAUCACUUCCUUGCUCCAAGACCGCACUCCAGAAGCCCGCUUCUCUGCUGUUGUGCUCAUCAAAACCGUUCUGGAUCUUGGCGGCUCGAACACUGUGUUGCAGGACAAAGAACGCGUCAUCAUAUGGAUCCGCGGUCUGCUUGAUGUCCUGAAAAAAUCUGGCUCCACGCUGACAACAAGGAAAUGCGCAAUCGUGGCAUUGACAAAGGCGUUUAUGUUGACGUGGGAGAAUGCGACACUGGUGAGGGAACUUACGACCCCCAGUUUGCCAGUGUUUAUUACUGCAUGUAUGCAGCUAUUGGAUGGGACCUUUUUGGAGAGUGAAGUAUCGGAGCUUGUUUUCGAGAGCUUUGCUGAGCUGUUGCCUCGUCACCCAACGACAUUCAGGUCGUAUGUCAGCCAGAUACAAAAGUUGGCUGUUGCAACAUUGUGCAAUGACCCUUUCAAUGAUGCGGAGAUGGUGGCGAUUUGUUCGACGGGAUCGAAAGACGCGGCGGCCCGCGUACUCGUUCUGAUGCACCAAUGUGCCCAGAAGGGUGGUGGCGCUGCGGAGUGGGAGAAAGGGAUCGAUGAGCUGAUCAACUCGUGCCAUGCAACGUUAGACCAAGUGUUCCGUGCCGUGAUUGAGGAGUGGCAGUCCGUUGCUGGAGUACGAUCCACUAUCACAGCAUCCAAGGAAUUAGCUGCAGAACCCAAUGCUGAAGCAGAUGAGAAGACUGGGUUUCCUGGCUGGGCUGGUUUACGAUCCGGCGUGCAAAGGUUUCAGAUUUUGUUGUCGCUGCUGCAGGCGUAUAUAUAUACUCCUACAGUCACUUCGGUCAAAAUGCCACUUGGCCGCAUAAUUGAUCUUCUUACUCGGGUGUUUUACGUGCAGACACCACAAACGAAGGAUGCUCUCAGGAUGAGAUACAAUCCACAGGUAGCAAGAGAAGAGAGGGAAGAGCUCUUUGCCCUACUACCCGAUAUGCAUGUAUCAGUAUUGGAGGUGAUUAGCAUCUUGCUCGAACGCCUUGGCAACGCUUCGCUACCAGUUUGUACACAGUUCCUGGAUCUUAUAACUUGGCUUUUCGAAGCCGAGAAUUUUGAAAUGAAUGUUCGCACCGGGAUAUAUCGAUGCAUUGCCCAGCUAUUGCACAUCGUGGGCCCAACUCUUAAGAAAAGCAGUAUAAAGAGCUUAGACAAGAUCAUCAAAGCGUGCUGCAAGGAUUUGCUCCCUGCGCGGGAAGACACACAGGUCAAGACAACGGAAAUGAUAAACACCCAACUUACGAAUAACUCAAAGUUGGGUAAGGUGACCAACGGGGCAAGCACAUCAUUCAACUUGCAACAGAGUCUUGCAGAAACAUUUCCCGGACUGCACGCGGCCGCGCGUGACCUAUUACCUAUCCUCUACAAUAAACUUCCCACAGAACUCCUGUCAACCACAACAAGAACGCAGAUGGACCGAACCUCAAUCCUGUCGAAUAACUUUGAAGCAUUAGCAGCAGCAGUGCUAAACCCAGCACCAAAAAAGCAGAGCUUGUUACCCUUCUUGGCUGCUGUGGCACCGGAGAGUGCAGUUACCGAGGCUAUUCUGAGGCCUAGGAUGCCAGUUAUUCUGACCGGAAGGCAAGGAGAGGCGGUUCGCGCAGAAGAUGACAAAGACGCUGGAGAUGUUGAUGAUGAUAGUGAAAGUAAUGAUUUGGCGGAAGAGAAUGAAGACCAAAUACAGCACUCCAUGACUGUAGACUGGACAGCGAAUUCCAGACGGGAACAAAAGGAAACAACGCCAAGUGCUUCAUUUGGCGAUCUCGCAACCACGCAGUUGACCGUCCCUGGCACCAAGCGCAGCGUGGAGGUCGAGGAGGAAGUACCUGCCACUCAUGUUAAGAGAACGCGGAUGGAUAAUCAGGAAAAUGCUUCUGUCGAGACUCCUGUACUUGCUGCCGAAGCAGCCAUUCCAGAAUCGGACAUCGCGUCUGUGCAGAUUCAUCCAGACGUCACCACAGCUGAGGAAGAGAGCAAUGAUGAAGAUGGUUCGGACUUCGAAAUGCCAAAGCUAUACUUGGGAACGGUUAGUGACCACGACGAGGAGGAGAACGAUUAAUUGAUAUUCUGGGAGUAUUUGUUGAGUAUUGCUAUUAGCUGGAAGUAUCAUGCUAUCUGUACGGCCUCGAAGCGCUUUGUUUUCCUUUUUCAUUGUCCAAGGACUGGCCGCUUUUAUCUCAGAUGACGGCGCGCUAAGACCACGCUUCCAGCUUGUUCAGCAAUGCUAGUCGAAACCGUAUUAGUUAGCUCACGGAUGAACUUGGACUUGAAUUCAAUGAUAUCGCUGUUUCAUAUCCAUAGAGCAUGACAUGGGGUUAGCAGUCUCCAAAGCAUCAAAAAUUUCGAAUGUAAAGCACCAAAUACGUAAU